AUGGCAGUAUUACAAAAAUCCCAAACUUUUUCCGAAACAUCAAAUGAUAUAAUUGAAGAUUUGCAAAUAUCACUUCACGAUUUUGUUGUGCCAGUUAAACAUUAUCCACAAAUGGAUAUUGAAAAUGAUAAGAAUGAUUGUGAGACAUUUGUUUGGGAUUGGCCAUUUAGUGAGGAUUGCACGGCAAAGGGAUUUCUUUCCGAUCAAAAAUUCUUCGUUUGUUUACCAUUUAAUCAAGGUGGCACGGGGGAAUCCAGGGGAACGUUGAAAAAGUUUGAAAAGAUCACCGACUCGAACUUUAGCUGCAUCAUUGGACUUUGCAACAAUAGUUUUUUUAAAACUUGCUUUUGGCGACUUGAAAUUGAAGUUUUAAGAAAUCUCAAUAUGCUUGUACUCAAUGCUUCAAGGGAUAUUUCACGACCAGGCGAAAUAGUGAAACGUUUAAAACGUGUUCGCAAAGUAUACAAACUACCGCCACAUUGCGACCUAUCAACCCUGACAACAGAAAGUUACGAUUGGGCAGUUAUAAUUCAAGUAAAUCGAAAAGAUGAUAAAUUUUCAGGAAAAAAUCGUUCUAAAAUAUUACAGCGAAGUGUUACACUUAAUAAUUAA